AUGCAGGGGGCUGUGAAAGGAGGGGGGCUCUCCAGGGAAAGAGGAAGGUGGCCUCGGGCUGGUUUCCACACUGUCCUUGUGUGUCCGGAGUGGGAGCAUGGAGCGGGGGCGGAGCCCAAGGCCACGUUCACCGCCGCCGGGCUCACAGCCGCGCCCGAGCAACUGCCCCGACGGCUCUUCGCCGUCUGCGGCCUCAUCCUGCUGGCGGGGCUGCGGGCCAACGGGCUGAUGCUGCUGCUGGCGGCCCUGAGCUCAGGCGCCUCCCGGCCACUCCGCGCCCUGACCACCAGCCUCAUGGUGAACAUCGCGCUGUCCGACCUGCUCUUCCUGGCCUGCGUGGUACCCGUGCUACCGCUGAGCUUCCUGCGGCCCGACUGGUGGCUGGGCCCUGUCAUCUGCAUCACCAGCCGGGCCACCAACAGCGCCACCGCGUUCUGCACCUUCUACAGCAUGGUGGCCACGGCUUUUCUGCGCCACGUGGCGGUGGCCCCUGAUGUGGCCCUCCCGGCUGGCCGGGGCGCCCGCCUGCUGCUCUGUGGGGCCAUGUGGGUCCUGGGCCUCGCCGUGUCGUUGCCCACCUGGCUGUUCCAAAGUGUGGUGGUGCAGGAGGGGGCAGCUGGAUCGGGGCCUGCGUCCGAGCCCUGCCCAGACCUCCUGCUACUUACCCCUGCUGGGAGCCUGGCCUUCCUGCCUUGUAUGUGCGGGCUGGGCUGCUCUUUCAGCCACGUGGGCUGGCUCAUGUGGACACAGCCUCGUGGCCCCAGAGGGGAGAGCAUCCAGGAGCACCAGGAGAACACAGGGCUCAUCCUUGUGGUGCUGGUGGUCUUUGUGCUGAUGUGGGGGCCCUGCUCCAUGCUGGGCUAUGUGGCAGCCGCGGGGCCCAGGGAUCUCUUCCGAAGGCCGUUGGCAGCCAGGCACCCUGGGGGUGUGGCCGGGGCAUCCAGCCCCUCCAGGAAAGGGCCCCAGGAGGCCUGCGGGGUCUGGCGGGGGUCUGAGAAGAUAGGCUGA